CAUACAAGUUGUGAAACUGUUUAGCCAAAUGUUCAAUACUGUCAGAUCUCUUAAGCUUCAUAAGUGUUUGUCACGGCUCAGCUUUUCUUUAUAGCAGUGCGAAUAUGCUUUAUGUUUCAAAGCUGUUUAUUUUUCAAGGGUAUUUUUUUUAAAUUAUUAAAAAAAACUUUGUUUUAUUCUUUAAGGCAACCAUAAUUUUUAGCAAACUUCCAAACAAUGAAUUAUGAAAAUCGGUAUUUAGGAGUUAAUUUAUUUUAUAACUCUAGCUACGAAUCCUAAAUUGACAUUAUUGUAUUUUUCCAUAUACAAUUUCGAUUCGUUUUAAAAAAUUAGGACAAAAUUAUUGAAUUGUCUCUCUAAUAGUUGGUGAUUGUUUUCAAUCGACAUGUCAACCACAAAGUCCAGCGACACAAAUUCGCAAGCAGUUUGCCCCAUUUGUAUAGAAGACUUAGACCCUUCUGAUCGCAAUUUUUUUCCUUGUCCAUGCAAUUAUCAAGUGUGUCUGUGGUGCGUUGCUUGCAUCAACCAAAAACUUGGAGGUAAAUGUCCAGCAUGUCGUCAAACCUAUAAUGAGGCGUUGUAUCGUUAUGUGAAUUCCCAGCCUACUCACAAUGAAUCAACCGAUUCCAAAGAUGCCACUGAAAAAAAUAUGCGAGUUUCCCCGCAGCAAAACACGACAAAAAAGCAUCAGAAAAAUACCAAUGCUUCAUUUGCAGCGUCGCAGUCUUCUGUUCCAAUUUCAAAUGAUCAUGAAAUGAUUUCAGCGACAACACGAGUCAUUAAGAACAAUUUAGUAUAUGUUAUAGGAAUUCCUGGAACAAAAGCAAAUAAAACGGAAUUAAUGUCAUUUCAAUAUUUUGGACGAUAUGGGGAUAUUCAAAACUUUGCUAUAUCUAAGAUUCGUUCACCUCAAAUGUCCAAAACAGGUUCUUCUAUCGAUUCUUAUUCUGCUUAUAUAACAUACACACUAAAAGAAGAAGCUGAGGAUUGUAUUUAUGAUGUGGAUGGCGCAAGUUUAGAUGGUCGUGUUUUAAGAGCUUGUUACGGCACAACAAAGUAUUGCUCUCGUUUUUUGCAAGGGCAAAAAUGUACAAGACCGAAUUGUUUGUAUCUCCAUUCUCCGGGAACUGCUAAACAAAGUUUUUCAAAAAAAGAUCUUAUGUCUCUUCGUGGCACAAAUUUUAACGGAUGCUCUAAAUUGAGGUGUAAUGACGUCAAAAAACCUACAAAAAGCAAUGACACAUUCAUAACGACUUGUAAGUUGAAUCCUUUAAGCGAUGAUAUGAAAACGUGUAACGGUUCACAUAAAGUAACAUCCCUUUAUAAACUCGAAUUAGAGAGAUUAAAAAUGACACCUGUAGAAACUUCAGAGUCACAUGACGCCGUUCAUAGCUCCAAGUCUUGUGUUAAAAAAGAGAAAAGUCAUUUCGGUUCUACCAUUUCUUCUUCGUUACUGGAAUUACUGCAGAAUGAGAAAUCACAUAAACCUUUGAUUGAACUAUUGCCAAAAAAAAAAGAUAAACAAGAAGAUCAAAUUAAGCCUAGAGCGCAGUUUGGUGCACAUGCACAAGAAAAAUCUAUUAUACAAAUUAUAAAAGAUUCUUCAAAUGAAGAAAAAAGGGAAAAUGACACGUUUCGCACGUGUGAACCCAUACAACAGUCAACAAAAACACACCAAGAUUCUCAAAGCAAGGGUCAGCAAACAUUCUUUUCGAAACCCGCUAAUGACGUUAGCUCAUCUUUUCCAUCAAAUAUUACGUACAAAGUGCGAAUUGAUAAAGACAAAGAAGAGAAUGACACUUUUGAAAAAGAAGAAAAAAUUCAAGAAAAAAAAAAAUCCUUUUUACAAGAAACGUGUUCUAAAUCAACGCAAUCGGUUAUGAAAAAUACCAUUAAUCAUUCUAAUAAUCCAUCUAUUUCUAGAUCAUCGUCAAAUUAUGGUGAUACUUUGUUUGAAACAAAUUUUCGUGAAAAUGUGUCAUUCACUCAUCCACGUUGUUAUGCCUCACGACAAAUGGUAUCCUUUUCAAAUAAUAUAGAAUCUACACAAUUAACAGAACCGCUAUACAAAAUCUUAUUGAAUUCUUUAACAUCGACAUCUUUCUGUGAAGAAGGGGACAAGUCAGUUGAUCCAUUUGUUUCUAAUCGACAUGAUGUUAAAAAGAAAGAGUGCAUGUCUCCAUCUUACACUGAAAUCCAACAACGUUUUUCCUGUCAUCAUCCUACCACACGUUCCACAGAUUUUCAAUUAAAUGAAUACUCUUCCAAUUCAGAUGUGUAUUCACAACCAUUAGAUUAUGAGCAUUCUUCAUUUUUCUUUUCCCCAAUAAUAAAACGACAACAAGAACAAGAACAACAUCCACAAAUGGAGGAAAGGCAAGACAAAAACUUGCUUUUCAAUAAUUCUAAUCGUUUCUCUUAUGUUUCUAAUGAAAACGAAAAAUACUACCCGAUAUCUCAGAAAGCGUUUUCAUCCUCUUCAACUGUAUCUCCUUUACCAACGAAUUCCUUUUUUAUGCCAGUCAAACCACCAGAUGACUGUUUCUACCCGAAUGGUUACAAUUCAGAUAAUUGGAACUCUUUGAAAAAAACUACUGAAUCUUUUCCAGAAGAAUCAUUUUUUUAUCAUUCAUUACCAUUUCGUCAUUUGUCCUCUUCUUAUACGUUGUCAGCCCCUUCUAAAAAUAGUCUUACAAAACAAUCCAACGAAAUUUCGUAUUUUUCUCCUACGUCUGGUCAUCCUGAUGAAAAAAUUAAUGUCAAAAAUUUUUGUCAUGCAACAAUUCACUCAGGCCUAGACUCCGACACAUUCCUUGAACAAAAACAUUCUAAUAUUUUGAAAAAAUCAUUUUUUUCGUAUUGUAAUCAGGAGUGGUGUGAUUUUAAUGUAUUGCAGUCUGUUUUACCUAAUGCUAAUAUCAAUUUUUCAAAUCAAUCCUCAGCUCAAUUACAAAUGGCAACUUCCUAUCUUCCAACAACUCAGUUGUCUAAUGGUGUCUCAUCAUCUUUACCGGUUCCCUUGAAUCCAUUUCAUACGAUAUUGAACAACUUUGAUACAGAAGAUAUUUUUCGUAAAAAACAUAUGGAUUAUGAAUAUUUUAAUUCUAUUAACCAUUCUAGUAUAACACAAAUAGAUAAACAACGAGAAAUGUAGUUUCUUCAUAGCACUACUCUUUGAUAACAACAGAACUUUUGUUCAAAGUUUUAAAGAAAUAGUAUUAAAAUAAAAUUUGCUUUAUUAAAAUUAUAUUUUUAUAUAUUCUAUUCAAUUAAAAACACAUCA